AGGACGGACCGACAUCCCAUCUGUCCCUCGCCAGGAGCGGCCUCGGAAGUCCCUUGCUGGCCACCAUGCAGAAGCACUACAACGUCCACUUCCCCAAGGGUGCCCGGCCCCCCCGCAUCCCCACAGAGCGCUACUUCAUGGACCCGGAGUUGGGGCACCAAGGAGGAUUUUGUCACCAGUGGUGCCGUGUCCCAGCAGCCCCUCAAGCCCACGGGCCUUGCCAGCCGAUCCCCCAGCCUCAAUGGCAGCUGGCCUGCCAUGGCCCGCGGGGAGGCUUCGGCGGCAGCUGGCACUGGUACCCCCAGCCCCCCAUCCAGCAGCAGCAGCAGCGCCAACUGCAGCCCCCACCCAGAAGCCCCCUGCGGCAGCGGCUCUGCCCCAUCCACGGGGCUCCGAGGGGGCUGCCCACAGCCACCACUGCCCUCACAGGCCCAGCCAGCGCCCCCCAGCCACCCCCUGCACCCAUCUCCUCAUCCAGCGGCGCACCUGCCACCUCACCCAGCGGCGCACCUGCCGUGGCCAGCAGCAGCCCAGCCCCACCCUCGGCAGCCGGCACCCUCCUGGAGCCCAGCGCGCCCACUGACGCCCGGCCCCUGCCCGCCCCUGCAGCCUGCGGCUCCUUCACCUCCUACAACUCCGACAUUCUGACUGAGGAUGAUGUCUACUGCAGCUGCCUGGCUAAGACCCUGUGCCACGUGCCCGUGCCCGUGACAGUGGGCUUCUAUGCCCCCUUUGGCUGCCGCCUGCACAUGAUGCUGGACAAGAUCACCUCGCUGAUGCAGCAGGAGGCGGUGCAGCGCGAGCUGGAGGAGCUGCAGCACGUGAGCUGGCGGCCGCGGUCAGUGCGCGGCUGGGGCUUCCCGCAGCUGCUCUGGUACCUGGUCUUCCUGCAGCCCAUCAUCACCGAGGUGCACCUGCGGCGCAAGAACGUGCAGUUCCUCUUCGUCCGCUUCAGCGCCUGGCAGUACGCGGGCACCGACAAGCUGUGGGCCGGCCUGGUGACCACGCUGUGCGAGGGCAUCCGCCACCACUACGGUGCGCUGCCCUUCAGCGUGUACUCGGUGAUGAGCAACAAGCCGGGCACGUCGCCGGGCUUCUGCCAGCGCGAGUGGCACUGCCGGCGCCGCGUGUGCCUGGGGCUGGUGGCGCUGCUGGCGGCGCUCGGCUUGGGCCUGGGCCUGCUCUACCUGUCCAUGGGCGGCCACGCGCUGGGCCACGCGGGCCCCAGCGGCAAGGUGCUCAAGGUCUUCGGCGGCGCGGCCACCACGCUGUCGGGCUCCGGGCUGCUCAUGGCGGUGUACUCGGUGGGCAAACACCUGUUCGUCAGCCAGCGCAAGAAGAUCGAGCGGCUAGUGUCGCGCGAGAAGUUCGGCAGCCAGCUGGGCUUCAUGUGCGAGGUGAAGAAGGAGGUGGAGCUGCUCACGGACUACCUGUGCUUCCUGGAGAUCUUCCAGCGGCGCCGGCUGCGGAUCGUGCUCGAGGUCACCGGGCUGGACACGUGCUAUCCGGAGCGCGUGGUGGGCGUGCUCAACGCCAUCAACACCCUGCUGUCCGACAGCCACGCCCCCUUCAUCUUCAUCCUGGUGGUGGACCCCAGCAUCCUGGCCUCGUGCCUGGAGAGCGCCGGCAACAUGAAGGGCACAGCGGACAAUGGCUACCUCUUCCUCAACCGCACGGUCACGCUGCCCUUCUCCGUGCCCAUUAUGGGCCGGCGCACCAAGCUGCAGUUCCUGCACGACGCCGUGCAGAGCCGCGACGACCUGCUCUAUCGCGAGAUGACGCGCAAGCUGCGGCCGCCGUCGGGCGGCACCCAGGACAACGGCGAGGGCGCAGAGGGCGCGCAGCUGCUGGCCGUGGAGAUGCAGGCGAGCGCCGAGCGCGCGCAGGGCCGUAUCGACGCCGAGGCCACGCGCCGCAUCCAGGAGGCGCUGCUGUGCUUGCACGACGAGCACGACUGCCUCUACGAGUACGUGCCCGACAACGUGGUGUCCAUGCGGCGCAUCGUCAACACCGUGCCCAUCACCGUGCGCCUGCUGCAGCAGCAGCAGGGAGACUUCGGCGUUGGCCCCACGCCGCGCCAGGCCGUGGCCUGGGUGGUGCUGGCCAACCAGUGGCCGUGCCGCCUCAGCUGGGUGCUGCAGUGCUUGGAGGACCGGCAGCAGGCUGGGGGCGCGCCUGAGGGGGGCGCGCGCCUCUGGGACGUGUUCUGCGACAACAGUCGCGAGCUGCACACGAUGACCAAGGCGCUGCAGAAUGUGCUCGACCUGGACGGCGACCCAGAGCUCUUUGAGCGCUUCCUGGACAGCGACUUCCCCUUCAUGGUGGCCGAAGCGCAGAGCCUGCUGCGCUGCACCGUCAACCUGGACCAUUCCAUCCGCCGCCGCAUGGGCCUCAUCCGGGCUGUCAGCACGCUCAAGCCACCCACCCCGCCCAGGUCCCCGGCCCGGGAGAACCCCCACAGCACCAACGCCGCCGCCACUCAUGGGGCGCUCCCUUCUGGCCAUCCUAACCAGGCUAAUCGCGCCUCCCAUUCGGCCCCUACACAGCCGGAGGAGGCAGGCCAUGCUUCCAGGCGGACUAGCAAUGCCUCCCCGCCCAGAGACUGUGCAAAAGGGGGGAAGCCAAGGCACAUGGUCUGAGCACCAGCUCCCCCCAAGUGGG